ACGAAUAUAGAGAUGUAAAAUAGUCUAAAUCAGAGCCAGACUGAGGGCAUUCUGACAUCAGCAGUCCAAAAGGGGAUGAGACCCUCGGAAGGAAGAGGCGGUUUGUGAUGAUGUCACAGGAUGCCACUGUAGUGGAUCAAUUUCAAUUUGAAGCUCGAGCUCCUCUCCUCGCUUUUACCGUAGAGCACACUGGAUUGAACCAUUAGUGAACGGACAACCGGACUAUUAGGGCUCUGGAAAAAGGGUCGCCAAAAGCAGAAUUAGCUAUUUUCUUUUCAUUUGAAGGCUACAUUUCUCAGUAAGGACCCGUUGACAGCAGAGCCAGGAUGGAUGCUAACGGCAUAUUCUCACUUCUGUUGCUGUGUUCUGUCACUGAGCUGUGCGUGUUGGCGAGCCCUGAGGGGAAUGACUCCCAGCAGCACCAUACCCAGAAUGUCUACCACGACAUCGGUGUCACCAGGAACACCAUAGUCACUGCUCAGUUUGAGUGCUAUCAGAAGAUCAUGAAAAACGACAAACACAACAAAAUAGGGCCAGUUUGUAACAGGACGUGGGAUGGCUGGCUGUGCUGGGAGGACACAGAGGCAGGCUUCACUACAAACCAACACUGUCCAGACUACUUCCAAGACUUUGACACAGCAGAAAUGGCGUCCAAAGUGUGCAGUGAAACGGGUAAUUGGUUUCUACACCCGGAGAGCAACAGGACAUGGACAAACUACACCAAAUGUACAGCAUACACCAGUGCAGGAAGAGUGACAGCGAUGAAUCUCUACUACCUGGUUCUGAUUGGACAUGGACUGUCGCUAACGUCAUUGUUCUUCUCAUUGGGAAUAUUUUUCCAUUUCAAGAGUCUAAGCUGCCAGAGGAUAACGCUCCACAAAAACCUAUUUUUUUCAUUUGUGUUGAACUCGGUCAUCACCAUCAUCUGGUUGACAGCGGUGGCUAACAACCAGGGACUAGUGCAGAGCAACCCUGUGAGCUGUAAGGUGAUCAUGUUUAUUCACCUGUACCUGUUUGGCUGUAACUACUUCUGGAUGCUGUGUGAGGGCAUCUACCUGCACACACUCAUCGUCGUGGCUGUGUUCGCCGAGAAACAACACCUCAUGUGGUACUACCUGCUUGGAUGGGGAUUUCCACUCAUACCUGCAUUGAUACAUGCAAUAGCACGAAGCUACUACUACAAUGAUAAUUGUUGGAUCAGCUCAAACACUUCCCUCCUCUACAUUAUCCAUGGUCCCAUCUGUGCUGCCCUGCUGGUGAAUCUGUUCUUCCUGUUAAACAUUGUGCGUGUCCUCAUCACUAAACUGAAGGUGACCCAUCAAGCUGAAUCUAGCCUCUACAUGAAGGCUGUGAGAGCCACCCUGAUCCUAGUCCCUCUCCUGGGCAUCCAGUUUGUCUUGUUCCCCUACAAACCCCAGGGACGCUUCGCCUUGGAGAUCUACGACUAUAUCAUGAACAUCCUCAUGCACUACCAGGGUCUCCUGGUUGCCACCAUCUUCUGCUUCUUCAAUGGGGAGGUCCAAGGUGUUUUGCGAAGGCACUGGAACCAGCAGAGGAUCCAGUUUGGCAGUAACUUUGCUCACGCAGAUGUCUUCCGCUCAGCCUCAUACGUGGCGUCAUCCCUGACUGAGGUGCAUCGCUGCUACAGCAUCGACGGGCACACCGAACACAUGAACGGCAAGAACAGCUACCACGACGUCGAGACGGUGACACCCACCAUACUCCGGUCGGACAACCCGUUUGCCUGAGGCUGAAGGUCGGAAGUCGCGGGUCUUGGGUCUGUACAGUUACACAGUGGCAGUUAAACUUUCAGUUGAAAUGGCUGCAGACAAUUUGGAACACUUUUCCCACCAUAUUCUAGAACAUUUUCUCAAACUUCUUGGCAGUAGCCUUCACAGCAAUUGGAUGAUGGUGAAAAAGUACAUGAACGUUUAUAGGGGGCCACUACUCAGCCUCUUGAUCUGGUCAAUACAGUUACCUUCAACUGAUCCACUUUAACUUCACGAGGACGGAAUCGGCACUUAACUAGAGACACCUGUGUAAAGGAAUGGACACUACCUACACUACCUUAAGGGUUUUAGUGUAAGGAAUGGACACUACCUACACUACCUUAAGGGUUUUAGUGUAAGGAAUGGACACUACCUACACUACCUUAAGGGUUUUAGUGUAAGGAAUGGACACUACCUACACUACCUUAAGGGUUUUAGUGUAAGGAAUGGACACUACCUACACAACCUUAAGGGUUUUAGUGUAAGGAAUGGACACUACCUACACUACCUUAAGGGUUUUAGUGUAAGGAAUGGACACUACCUACACUACCUUAAGGGUUUUAGUGUAAGGAAUGGACACUACCUACACUACCUUAAGGGUUUUAGUGUAAGGAAUGGACACUACCUAAACUACCUUAAGGGUUUUAGUGUAAGGAAUGGACACUACCUAAACUACCUUAAGGGUUUUAGUGUAAGGAAUGGACACUACCUACACUACCUUAAGGGUUUUAGUGUAAGGAAUGGACACUACCUACACUACCUUAAGGGUUUUAGUGUAAGGAAUGGACACUACCUACACUACCUUAAGGGUUUUAGUGUAAGGAAUGGACACUACCUACACUACCUUAAGGGUUUUAGUGUAAGGAAUGGACACUACCUACACUACCUUAAGGGUUUUAGUGUAAGGAAUGGACACUACCUACACUACCUUAAGGGUUUUAGUGUAAGGAAUGGACAUUACCUACACUACCUUAAGGGUUUUAGUGUAAGGAAUCAAUCUUGCCGUUUCAUCCUGUGGACUGAAGGACCUACGACUGUACAACAACUUCUGACCCAAGAGCCUGAGACUCUACAACAACCUCUGACCCAAGAGUACAGUGCAAUUAACUUGUUGGGCCUUUUGGUGAAAUAAUUACUUCCAUUCUGUAAAGGACAAAGGAAACCUAAUGUACAUGGACCUUAAGCACUGGAUUAUGUAUUAAGAUUGGCAGGCUCUUUAUGUCUCUCUUUAUGACAAGUAACUAAACGUCACAGUGGAUUUUUUUUAUACAGUGUACAGUUACAAUUGUUUUAUUUUACAGCCAUUAGCAUUGAAUGUGUUAUCAUGUGUUGUUGUCUGUGGUUUGAAUUUGCAUGGUCAUUGAUGGCUACUUAUUUAUAACUAUGUUACAGUAGUACAAGAUGGACCACCCAUUCGAAUGUUCAUUUCCUGUCAGUGUAUUUCCCUGUCCAGCGGUCUUCUCCCUUCUGUCUAGACUAGGGUUUAGUCCCUCUGUGGGAGUUUAUGUCUGGCACAUAAAAUGACCUUGGUUUUGCCUCAGUUUUAUCUGUCAUAGUUGAAUGUAUGUUAGUCUUGUUUAAGUAUGUAAGUAUUUUUUUUCAUAGAGUUGCUUCAUAUCCAAAUGCUGGAGAGAAUUCUGCUCACACGUGGAUACUUAAUGUGGAGGGAGAGAGAGCGCGUGAGAGAGGGGGGGGAGAGGGAGGCAGAGAGUGGGGUGAAGAGCGGGAGAACGAGAGAGAGACGGGGAGAGAGAAUGAGACGGAAAGAGAGAGAGAGAGUGAGAAGGGAGGGAGAGAGAGGGGUGGAAAGAGGGAGAGAGAGAGAGAGUGAGAAGGGAGGGAGAGAGGGGUGGAAAUAGGGAGAGAGAUGGGGAAAGAGAAUGAGACAGAGAGAGAGAGAGAGAGAGAAGGGAGGGAGGGAGAGAGAGAGACGGGGAAAGAGAAUGAGACGGAGCGAGAGAGAGAUGGGAAAAGAGAAUGAGACGGAGCGAGAGAGAGAGAGAGAGAGAGAGAGAGAGAGAAGGACAAAGUGUUUGUGUUUCCUGUAUAUUUCAAUAUGUAUGUCUGUGGAUAUGCCAAUAUAGAAAUACAACAUGUUCAAGGAGGAGUCUAUAGGGUAUUUAUGUGUCUCACUACUCAAGUGAGUUACCUGUCAACCAUGAGUUACCUGUCAACCAUGAGUUACCUGUCAACCAUGAGUUACCUGUCAACCAUGAGUUACCUGUCAACCAUGAGUUACCUGUCAACCAUGAGUUACCUAUCAACCGUGAGUUACCUAUCAACCGUGAGUUACCUAUCAACCAUGAGUUACCUAUCAACCAUGAGUUACCUAUCAACCAUGAGUUACCUAUCAACCGUGAGUUACCUAUCAACCGUGGUAUGUCAUGUGGAUUUUGUCAGCACUGUUUUCAUGAACUUUGUUGUAGUAUUGUAUACCUUGAUAUUGUAGAGCUGCAGUUCUGUUUUCAUUAUACAUGACAACUGAUGGCUGGGUCUGACAUGUAUUAUGGAUGGUGUCUGAACUCAUUGUAAUGUUCAUUUGGUCUUUGGUAGUCAGGGACAGGAUAUAGAAUUCAGAACAAACUGUUUUGUGUUCCACUCAAUUCUGAGUUUUACUGAGGAACUUAGGCAUGUUUCUCUGUUCUUCUAUGAAUCUAAUGUUUUUCCUUGCGCUGAGUGUUGACAUUGUACAGGUGCCAAACUGUUUAUUCUUUUUAUUGUGGAGAAUGCUGUACUGGAUGUUUGUGAAGUGUAAUGCAAUUAUAGGUCAUUAACAAACGUCGCUUUGA